UGAUUUGGUCAAUCAUUAAAACAUUUAAUGGUGAAAUCCAGAUCAAAUUAAUGUUUAUCUUGCAUGUAAAACAUUAUUUCUUUCGAGAAAUUCUCAAAGUUCACUCCUUGCAUUUUAUUACGUUUACUUCCGGCAAACUACAAAAUUUUUGAAGUUCCGGCUUUGGUUUUCGCCAGGGCCUCCGGCAACGCAGUGUCAGCCGUGAGGCCCUGGGACCGAGGAUGCUAGAAUCCUGGGUACGAGGUUCGUGAACAAAGCCUAAUUAUACUGUAGUAAUAAUAAACUGAAGGGGGAGUCGUUCGUUCUGUGUUUAAUAUAUUUUAGCGCAAUAUAAACAGUAAUCUUUUUAAAAUGAUGAUGGAGUAAACUCCGAAAGGUAGUUUUAAUUAAAUAGAUAUUAAGCCUGAACAUUAUCGGUCGUUAAAAAAUUUAAAAUGCGGUUCAAAAUGUAUUAUUGAUAUUAAAUUCAUUUACGUUCUUAGAAUCAACCUCAAUUACCAACUGGAGUGAGACCUGUUAUAAAUGAUCGAAUGACGCUAUCAGUCCUCGUCUGCGUUUUCUGUUGCCCACUGCUAAUUGGAAUUUUUGCUAUCCUGAAAUCGUCUGAGGUGAGGGGAUGAUCUCGCUUUUCCGAAUGAGAAAUGCAGGGCCUGCACGGAACUAUAGGUUUUACUUUCUGGGACCGCAAGAGGUUUAUUAGUGAAAACGUUUCUGCCGCAAAAAUAAUCAAGUAAAUCGACACUCGGACACCGUGUGUGACACUAACAAGUUGUCAUAUUGAUUGUUAUGUUAUAUUUUAGCAGAAAAAUCAAUUUCAGUGCACCGUACUGAAAAUCUUAAAGGCUCGUUUACACUUGCAAUUUUCGCAGCGAUUUUCUUCUUGUGAUGUAUGUGAACGAGUGCAGUGGAUGAGCUAUAAAACUCAGUUCAGAUGAGGCUACAAAUACUCAGAAGUCAGAACAUUCGCAACUCUUCUACUGGUUCACAAGGCCAGCGAGAGGUGGGGGGGGGGGGCAAAAUACCCGGGACCCGGAGUGCUCAGAGGGGCCCAGAAAUCUCGUAAAAUGUUCGUAUUGUUUAUCAUCGCUUUAUGUUUGUCCUAAAUGAAAUACGCCUACUUGCACACUAUCCUCUGAUCGUCGUCAUCGAUCGUAAAACGCACCAUAUGUGAAAUAAACGAUUUUUCGAUCGUUUUCUCAGCAAAAACAGUUAGCUGAACAUCGUUCACAUUGCGUUUUUAUCAGUUAUGCGGCGAUUUCUUGCAAGUAAUUCGCUGGCAAUUCUCUCGUUGAUUGCGAUUAAAAAUAGCCAGCGGAAGAGUCCGAGAGGGACAGGGAGCCCGUGUUCACCAAUAGUCAUUUUGUACCGGGCCCCGUGGUUGGCUAUUGAAAUGAAUAUAGGCCUGACCCUAAGGUAAAUACAGAUGCAAAAAAAGGGCGCCAUCAGGGUGAUCCAUGCUCUGCCAGAAAAUUUUGAAAAUCAUGCAAGUGUCCUAGAUUGGUUAAAAAUGCAUUUGCCAUGCAUUCAAUAUUUGUUACAGGCCCUUCGGAGGCAAUUCGGAGGAACGAAGGGCAUUCGCUCGAAACGUUCGAAACGAAAAGUUGCAUGUUUGUAUUUUUUAGGUAGUUGCAUAUCUCUCACACGCCCACCCCUCUUCUCGUCUCUUCACCAAAAAACAACACGGUAGUUGUAUGGAUAUAGGUUGGGUGACUCAGUUUUGCCAUAAUUAUAUUGACAUUAGAUUUAGGGUUAGGACUGAUCCUUCCCUGAGGGUGGGAAAGGGUAUUUUCGUGAGUCGUGAAUGGUCAAUAUUUGCCGUUUGCGUGAAAUGUGAAGCGCUUGAUUUUAGUCAGUCGUGAAAUGUGAUUUGUUCUACAGCCGUGAGGCGUGAUUGUCGAUGAAAGUGCUCCGUGAAAUGAGAAUUAAGGAUGUCUGUUUCGUGAAAUGUGAUUUUGCUCUGUGUAUUUCGAUCUAUUUUAUAAUAGUCAUAAUAGACAUGAUAUGCGAUAAUAAUUUAUAUGAUAUAAAUGAGACAAGAAUAAAAACUUCGGAGGCCUUUCGGAGGUCGUCGGACAUACUCGUCACUCAAACUUGUAAGUUAUGAUGUAGUUUUUAACUGACAGGUAGAGAAGUGAGAGAACUUAAAGCGUAGAUACUGUACCAUGCAUUAAACAUACUCUAAAUAAACCUAUUAUUAUUAUAUUAUUUUAUUUUAUUAGAAUCUAAUUUUCCGUGAAAUUGUUUUUUUAAGACACGUGAAUCGUUAAACGGCUUUUUUUUUUCGUUGUGAAACGUGAUCCAUACCCCCCCUUCCCCUUCCCACCCUCUUCCCUGAGGCUCUAUUGCCAAGGCGACGUAGUUUCCUGAAGCGUGCAUUUCAACACAUGAACUGACAAAAGGCAUUUAAAAUUUUAAAACAACAACAAAAUUAUAUGGGAUUCCACUAUUAGCAAUAUAUAUAGCGUGACAAAAAUUCCUGCAAAGCAUAAGAAAAUCUCCUGCAGAGAUUUUGUUAAAAAUUUUCUGCCCGAGCAGCGGUGCUAGCAGACAUUUCCAGCACACUUCGUCACCCUUUUUAUGCUUGUAACUAAAUGUCCAUCCCUCUAUUUCUAGGCAAGAAAUCGUUACGCGGCUGGCGACUAUGCCGGAGCCGUGGCGUCAGCGCGAAGAGCAAGAAACUUGGCUUUUGUCGCUGUGGUUUGUGGCUUGAUCUUGAUCUUGAUCUUUGCUAUUGCCUUGAGCGUCUGAACUAACAGCCACUACAACUAAAUGUGACUUAGCCAGUUCGAAAUUUCUGGCUGCGGACAUUAUUGGAUUUUAACAGUGACUUUUUUAAAUCGGUGCAUUUUCGAACAAAACAAAAUGAAGUAAAUGACUGUAUUAAUCAAUUACCCAGCGUAGAAUUUGAAGUAUAAUUUAUUAUAUUUAUAUAAAGAACAAUGCGACAAUAAACUGAAAUCCGCAAGCUUUGUAAAAAAGAUUGAAACGAAGUAAAACGAAGAAAUAAACGAAUAAUGAAUAU